UGCUACCGACUGCCGACCGCGUUCUGUCAAUUCCCAGGAAACUCUGAGCUUGUGUCUGCUGUCAUGUGACGGGUCCGACUCAAAAUUCGAAUAUGAACAGUGCCGCUGUUAUAGGUCGCCAGCUUAGACAACAAAAUACGGGAAGAUCGGGACCGGGGCAACCGGUGACACCCGGAAGAGUUAGGCCACGUGCUUCGUCUCAUCAACAAUCGAACCAAAAAGGAGAACAAGGUGAGAAAAUAAGCCGCUGGGAACAAUUUCGUAGUCAGGUUACCCCUCAAUGCUUCUGGGCCGUUUGUAAAGCGCUGAGUUGUGGUGUCUUCCUGUUGUCGGCCGGAAUGGCGAUGUCUGUUGUGGGAUUCUACGCAGAACCUCUUUCGACCGAAGCGGUGAACGAGAACAACAAGACUGUCCGGGUGUUGGACCAAAAUCGUCAAUAUCAUCUUCAUAACUUGACGUACGUGGGACCAGUCAUCAUGGGUUUAGGCGGAUUUGUCUUGCUGGCCGUCUGUGUGAUGAACUGCGACGGUCCCGAGACCGGUGGUGCUAAAGUGGUGCCUAUUAAGAACGACAAACCCCUGACCAACGACAUUCAGUUGUUGGAUAAAUCGAAGCUUAACGGACCCGGUCUAACGGGGCCGUACUUGUGUGUUCCCGGUGUACCCGUGCAGAAUAACGUGGUUAUUCCCGCCCCGCGACCAAAGUGUCCGACUCAACAGGUGACACAUCCGGGCCCGGCCGUUCGACCAAAACUUCCUCUGCCCAUCAAAGAUUCGCCUUCUUCUUCCGAUACGAAAACUUGGGAAGUCGAAGUGGUGGAUUUAGUCCCGUCUCCGCAAGAUUUGCAGCUGACCGAUCCGGACGGCUGCGACACACCUCGACCGUCGUCCGUCUCGUCGAUGGACAUGGAAUUAUACUUGGCUUCUUGUCCUAUCACCGUCAGGGUUCAGAUAGAACCGCGUUACUUGGCGUCGAUGGAGAGUUUGUCAGACAGUGACAUGUCGGAAUCCGCCGUCUUGUCUUGUCCCCUGUAUCGUGAGCAAGGUGUUCCUCUCUUACAGCAGACUUCCAGUCCCAAUUCCUCCCCCGAGCAUAUGGAAGUACCACUUUUAAAACGUGAUACCAACAGGAGACUGUUGGGUUCGUCUCUGCACCAGUCUGGUAGAGGAUUAGAUGCCCAUAUGGGAGAUCUUUUCACUUAACAAUCGAACGUCAAAGACGGAUGAUGUGAACGAUAAAUUAUUGUCUAUCAUUACCAGACGGGCAGGUGAGGGAAGUCCUCCACCUAAAACCAUAUCACGUGAGGCCAAGCGACCCCAAGAAUACUUAAAAAGGUGGAGGAAGAAGUCGUAAUAUUCACGUGUGUUUUGUAUGAUGAAUGUUAAUAAAAGAGACUUAUAUGUUGUACAUGAUGUAUUAUUAUUGUACUAAUAUAUAUAUAUAUAUAUAUAUAUUGAUACGAAGAAAAUCUAAUUUAAUAUUAGUAAAUCGGUUAAAGUUAAUAAAAGUUAAUUUUAUUGUAUAAAACAUUUUCGUUCGUGGUAUUGUAACUUAUCCUGGA